AUGUCGAACAUUUGGCUUCAGAAUUAUGAAAGCUGUAAAAACUAUUCCCAAGAGAUCAAUCAGAAAAUCAAUGAAUUGAAAAAACUGCCAAAUGGAAGUCCACAACGAGCGAAAGUCUCUUCGACGAUUCGCACAAUGAUGACAGAGUUUAACAAAGAUGUUGACAAACUUUCCAGUGAUUUAACUAGUCAAUCUCGCAAUGGUGCUGUAACGACGGCGGAAGCGAACCGUCGACGUACUUUGGUUGAUACGAUCAAAGAGUCGAAAGACGAAAUUGAGAGAACGAUGCGGGAGAGUUUCAGUGCAUAUGCGCCACGCGAUCGAAUUGAUCCCCGGUUUGCAUCGGCAGUCGAAACCGAACAUACGCAAGGUUUAACCAAUGAAGAAUUUGCUGGUCUUCGUUCAAAUUUACGAAAAAAUAACGAUGAAGCCAUUGAAGCUUUGCAUGCGAUUGUUAAGCGCCAAAAAGAGAUCGGUGUUGCCAUGAAUUCUGAAGUCGAUCGUCACAAUGAAAUUAUCGAUACCAUAACCGAUCGAACAGGUUUACUCGAUUCUCGUGUUAAACGGCAAACAAUGCUCGUUAAAACCAUCGAUCGUAAAUCUUCAGCAUUAGGUCUAUGGAUCAUCAUUAUACUUCUCUUCAUCGCAAUUAUCGUUAUCGUUGCCGUUCCAUUUAAAAAAUAA